AUGAGGACAAAGGGACUUAAUCUCUGCCCUCGGAUAUCCCAACUGGAGAACGGCAAGUCUAAAAGGACUCUCCAAAUCAAGGAGGAGGUGAGGGAUAGCUGCUGCACACGCACCUCCGGUAAAGAGACCAGAGCCUCCUGGGGACAGGUGAGGAUCCCGUUCCUGUUAACAUCACUCCCUCUUCUUCCGCUGAGUGUGCUGGCAGCCUCUUAUUCAGAAGCCAUAGAAGAGCAUAGUCCAAACAACUGCCCCAUGAUUGCUUGUCAUUCUCCAGGCAUAAAUGGCUUCCCAGGCAAAGAUGGACGUGAUGGCCCAAAGGGAGAAAAGGGAGAACCAGGUCAAGGGCUCAGAGGCCUGCAGGGCCCUCCCGGGAAGAUGGGGCCUCCAGGAAACCCAGGUGCCCCUGGGCUGCCAGGUGCAGUGGGCCAAAAAGGAGACCCUGGAGAAAGUCGCGAAUGUGCUACUACGGUGUCCAGUUCCACAAUAGAAGUUCUGUAAGUAGAAUUACAGCGUAUCAAAAACUGGGUGUUCUUCUCUUUGGGCAAAAAAGGUGGGAACAAAUUCUUCUUGAAUCAUCAUGAAAUGAUGACCCUUGACAAAGCCAAAGCCCUGUGUGCCCAAUUUGAGGGCUCGGUGGCCACUCCCCAAAAUGCUGCCGAGAACAACGCCAUCACAGGAGUUGCAGACAGUGCAGCUGAAGGCCUGUUUCAGCAGCUGAAAGGAAGGACGAUCAACUACAAGAACUAUGAGCGUGAGCCUAACGCGGACUCCGGGGAAGACUGCACAGUGAUCAUGCCAAACGGCAAGUGGAAUGAUGUGCCUUGCUCCUCCCGCUGA